AUGGGCUUGGACUUCGAUGUCUUUGAAUUUUGCAAAAAACUGCGGCAAAACCGGCCUCCGCCGUAUCAGUGCCCUUUAGAUAAGUGUGACAAGGUUUACAAGAGCUUGUGUGGAUUACAGUAUCAUCUAGUUCAUUAUGACCACGACAACCCUACGCCCGCGACCCCUGCUGUUGCCAACCAUCGUAAAAAGGGAAGAGGCAGGGCCGCUGUACCAACUGGAGAUAUAGCUCUUCAGAGCCCUCCUAAAGAAGCUUUAACUUUUGCUGAAGCCCAAAAAGUAGUCCAAUUUGAGAUAGAUGGUAAGAUCAGUAGAAUUGCAAUAGACCAGCCACUAGCUAUCAUGUCUUUGGAGGAAUGGGAGAAAAAAAAUGCUGAGUUAGAGAAACCAUUGCCUGUAGUUGAACCUCCUCCAGAACCUUAUGUCAAGUUACCUGAAGCAAGUUUUCAGAUAAUUCCUGACUACAAUGUGUUAGAUGCACCGCCUCGGCCAAAUGCCUAUAUUCGUUUCAUAGAGAAAUCAGCUGAGGAGCUAGAUGGAGAAGUAGAAUAUGAUGUUGAUGAAGAAGAUACUGCUUGGCUGGCUAUCAUCAACAAGACAAGAGCAAAGAAUGGUUUACCCCCUGUUACUGUUGAUACAUUGGAGUUGUUGAUGGAUAGACUUGAGAAAGAGUCAUAUUUUCAAGCAACUCAGAAUGGUCAACAAACAGCAGCUACCGUAGAUGAAGAUGCUGUAUGCUGUAUUUGUAUGGAUGGGGAGUGUCAAAAUACAAAUGUGAUUUUGUUCUGUGACAUGUGUAAUCUUGCUGUGCAUCAAGACUGCUAUGGAGUGCCAUACAUUCCUGAAGGUCAGUGGCUGUGUAGGCGAUGUUUGCAGUCACCAUCUAGACUAGUGAAUUGUGCUCUCUGUCCUAAUACUGGAGGUGCCUUCAAACAAACCGAUCAAGGCACAUGGGCGCAUGUUGUAUGUGCUCUAUGGAUACCGGAAGUGCGGUUCGCCAACACCGUUUUUUUGGAGCCCAUUGAUUCAAUAGAGAUGAUCCCUGCGGCGCGGUGGAAGCUGCAAUGUAUGGUGUGCAAACAGCGGAGUGUGGGCGCGUGUAUACAGUGUCAUAAGAGCAGCUGCUAUUCCGCUUUCCAUGUUACUUGUGCACAGCAAGCCGGUUUAUACAUGAAGAUGGAGGCUGCAGGCGCGGGUCGAGAUCCUAGCCAACCAGUGCAGGUCGCUAAAAUGGCUUACUGCGAUGCUCACACGCCCGCGCAUAUAUUACAGGAAAGAAAAGCACAAGAAUCCGAGUGUGACUCCAAAUCUAAUGAUCUGUCAGCAAUCAGGCAGAAGGGUCGUGACAAAAUAAAACAGUUAAUUGUGAAGCUAGCUCGUCGUGUCUUAGCUCUAAAGCGAACAUGGGCACCAGUAGUGUUAGUGCCAACUUUACCAGCUGAUAGAGUAGCUGAAGUGGCUGCUUUGGCACCAGGCACUCCCGCCGCCCGAGCUCAGCUCAUGAAACGAUUACUUGCUUAUUGGACACUCAAGCGGCAUAGCAGGAAUGGAGUGCCUCUGCUUCGGAGGUUACAGAGUUUGACAAGUCACCAUGGCAGCAGGGGUAUCCAAGAUGGCACUGUAAAUGUGAGGGAACUCUGCAAUCAGCUCAAAUAUUGGCAGAGAAUACGACAGGAUUUGGAGCGGGCAAGGUUAUUGUGCGAAUUAGUUCGCAAACGUGAGCGUCUAAAAGCGGAAUACACCCGGGUGUGGGAGCGCUGCGUGCUACAUUCUCUACGACCGGAGCGCGCUGCGCUACACAAACUGCUACGUUUGCUACGACAGAAGGACACUAGCGACAUAUUUACUGAACCUGUCGAUUUACAAGAGGUACCAGAUUACAGUACCAUAGUCAAGCACCCAAUGGACCUCAGCACAAUGGGCAAGAAACUUGACCGUGACGCCUACAAGUCCAUAGACGAUCUAGAGGCCGACUUCAAGCUUAUGAUCGAGAACUGCCUCACGUACAAUAAUAAAGACACCGUGUUUUAUAAGGCUGGCGUAAAAAUGCGUGAGCAAUGCAUGCCCAUCUUCCGCCAAGCUCGGCGGGACGUGCGCGAAGCGGGUCUCGUAGAUCUGUGCAGUGCCAGCCCUGAGCCUAGCCCUCGCACCAGUCCUGUGCGCCAGGCCAGUCCAUUGCGAACGCUCAGUGGACGGAGAAGUGUUAGCCGAGCGGCUAGUAGACCCAGAUCAAGCAGUGAGAGUGAUCACACACCUGAUAGGCGUAAUGAGCGUGGGGUAUCAAUGGCUCGCAGUGAAAAACGACAGUCAGUGGCACGUCAUGAUUCUGAUGUGGAAACUACCCUGGAGCGCGCCUCAUCUCCCGCGGACGGCGGUGGUGGUUCGGAGCCGCGGCGCUGGUGGCGGCGCGGGCGUGGGCGGGCCCGGGGCCGCCGCGGGGGACGGGGGCGGGGACGAUCUGUCAACGCUACUGCGUCUGCACGUACGUUGCGAGAUACUGUUGAAAAUGAAACUCCGACUUCAGACUCUGAGAACCCAGCAACGAUUAGGAAAAGCGUUGACCGAACUCAUAAGCUUGUUACACCCGAGAAGUCCCCACCCAAACCAGAGACUACACCUACCACACGAGAUACACCAAUUACUACAGGUCUUGGACUCCUUGGAGGGUUAAGAAAACCUACGUUAUUUGUCUCACCGUCGUCUAUCACUACACCACCGAAAAGCUUUGGAUCUGAUGCAUCCCUGCCGACCCUAUCAGCUAGCUUAGGCCGGUCGAGCUUAGAUCCGUCGCCGAAGAAGAAAGGUCGCGGCAGACCCAGGAAGCAAGACAACGAUAAGUCUACGUCAUCGCCUGAUCUGUUCAGAUCAGUGCAAUCUAGUGAAGGCAAAACCUUGUCAACGCCAGUGCCAGCCUCAUUUCUGCAGUAUAGAGGACCUCCAGGUGAAGUCGGAUCGGAUAGUGACCUGGCACUGUCCAGGUCUUCCAGCAGUAGUUCAGCGUGGUCACAGUCUUGUUCGUCUUGCACGCACUAUGACGAUGACGGGUCUGAUCAUUCGUGUUCUAUGAGCUCAAGCGAUGGGUCGAGCGACAACGAGCCGCUGGAGUGGGCGGCGGAGGGCGCGGGCCCCUCGCGCCGCCGCUCGCGCCGCGCCGCCGCGCACCACCACCCCGCAGACACGGAGCCCUCCACGCCGCCCAAGGGCCGCGGUACCCGUUCGUCAGUGUCUAAAACGCCAGUAAAAGCGACUCAAGCGUCAAACUUACAACUAGAACCUUUGCAGCUCGUCUGGGCUAAGUGCAGAGGUUAUCCUUGGUAUCCAGCUCUAAUCAUCGACCCAAAAAUUCCCAAAGGAUUCAUGUACAAAGGUGUACCAUUACCGGUUCCACCGCAAGAUGUGCUCAACCUAAAGAAAAACCACUCACAUGAGCCCGUUCUGUACUUAGUUCUCUUCUUUGACGUAAAACGCACAUGGCAAUGGCUACCACCGAACAAACUUGAGCUCUUGGGCAUAGAAAAGAGCGUGGAUCAAGCAAAAUUGAUUGAAUCUCGAAAACCGACAGACCGGAAAGCAGUCAAGAAGGCCUAUGGUGAUGCCAUGCAGUUCAGAAAGCAAGUCCUUGGAGAUGAUAAAUGA